CGCCCGGGUCCCUUCUCCGGGCUCCUGCUGGAACAGCCUGGGGCCAGCGGGUCUGCAGGACGUUUGGGGAGGCGGGGGCGAUCCCAUCAUCAUCCCCGCGCCCAGAACCUUGGCGGGUCCGGCCCGUGGUGGCGGGGGAGCCCCGCAACCUGUGCCCGGUGGACCGAGUGAGGAUUGGGGCUCGGAUGCCCGCCCCCGCCCUUACCUGCCCAGCCAGGUGCGGUGCCCCGCCGGCGGCUGCAGAUAAGGCGCCUCUGUCCAAAAGUCUCCUCCUGGUUCCCGGUGCUCUGUCAGUCUUGCUGGCCCUCCUUGUGCCACACUGCCAGAGGUUCUUUGUGUAUGACCUCCAGGCUGUCAAGGAUGACUUCCAGAUUUGGAGGUUUAUAUGUGGAAGAAUAAUUUGCCUUGAUUUGAAAGAUACUUUCUGCAGCAGCCUGCUUAUUUAUAACUUUAGGAUAUUUGAGAGAAGAUAUGGAAGCAGAAAAUUUGCAUCCUUUCUGCUGGGCUCCUGGGUGCUGUCAGCCGGGCUUGACUUGAUCCUGGUGGAGGCGGUGCGGUACUCCUUUGGCUUUUCUGCAGCGCCGAGUCUGCCUUCGGGAUUCCUGGCGCCUGUGUUUGCUCUGUUUGUACCGUUUUACUGCUCCAUUCCAAGAGUCCAAGUGGCACAAAUUCUGGGCCCGUUGUCCAUCACAAACAAGACGUUGAUUUACAUAUUGGGACUACAGCUUUUCACCUCUGGUUCCUACAUCUGGAUUGUAGCCAUAAGUGGACUUAUCUCCGGCCUCUGCUACCACAGCAGGAUGCUGCAGGUCGACCAGGUGCUCUGCGUCCCCGGCUGGAUGGCCCGGCUCUUCUCCUGCACCCUUGAGCCCAUCUUCUCCUCGUCAGAGCCCACUGCGGAGGCCCGGGUCGGCAUGGGGGCGACGGUGGACAUCCAGAGGCAGCAGAGGAUGGAGCAGCUGGACCGGCAGCUGAUGCUCUCGCAGUUCGCGCAGGCCAGGCGGCAGAGGCAGCAGCAGGGAGGAAUCAUCAACUGGAACCGCCUCUUCCCCCCUUUACGGCAGCGACGAAAUACCAACUAUCAGGACGGUCGACGCUCAGAGCAGCCCGCGUCCCCUCCCCUGGAGGUUUCUGAGGAACAGGUGGCCCGACUGAUGGAGAUGGGCUUUUCCAGGGGCGACGCCCUGGAGGCCCUGAGAGCUUCCAACAACGACCUGAACGUGGCCACCAACUUCCUGCUGCAGCACUGAGGUGUGUUGUCUCCCCUGUCCUCACGCUGCCCGGGGACCUGCGUGGGCAAGGGGACCCCCAUACAUCCCCCUCCUCUCCAAAGUGAUCACCAUCAGGUACUGAAAAGAAGUCUGCUGUUCGACUAGCGUGAACUCUCCAUCUUUUUUUUUUUUUUUUUUUACUGGGUGUUUCCCUCAGUUCAGAGAACUGCCACUCGUUCUGACUGUGUUCCCAGUGGUCAGGGUCUCAGGGGCUCUGUUGGGGGCUGACCAGCUGCUGUCCCCCGAAGUGACUCCCCUCGCUCUACCUCGGCGCAGUCAGGGAAAGGGAUGUCACUACAGGAAGGACACAGGGUGUCACUCCUUAGGGACUGUUCUCAUCUUAAGGUUUCUUUUCUCAACUUUCUUUUUCUCCAGGCCCAGAAGUGGGUAGUACCCUCCCCCAGCCCCAGCCACAAGGGGAAAGCGAAGCUAAGUCCUCUCCCCCCACCCCCCGGCCAGGGCAUCAUCCCCACUCCCAUGACCCACCAUCAGUGACGAUCAGGCAUGAUCCUGGGUUCUAGAAUAUUCCACAAGACCUACCUGGGGUCAGCUUUGCUCAGAAUGUGCCUGGUUAGCCUCUCAGGCGAGGGGUGACAAUGGGACAGUCAGAACAGGGGCCUUCCAAGCAGGCAGCUCUGCACCCUUCUGGGGAGCCACCUUUCAGGAGCUUUCUCCCCUGGCCCCAGGUGAAGCCAAGAAGAGAGCAGGGGGUAGUUGCCGCGUGGGUGGAAUGAUCUAGAGCAGGGCGACCAUUUGGACACCUACUUUAUUCUGCCAGAGUGAGCAGACAUGUACCAAAUUGAUGCAGAUUUGGACAAGUGUGAGACAAUAAAAGUUUUUAAUGUGUUUUA